UGGUGAUUUAAGGAAACCAGGCAUUAUCAUUCACAUUUCUUCCCAAGAGUCAAGGCCUACCCAGUCUACAUACCUAAGACAUCAACACAGGUCAAAUAGACAACCAUGCAUUCGACCAUCACCCUCACAGCACUGGCAAUGCUCGCCAGCAGCGCCUUGGCAGAGACCGUUCACGGCGUUGUCGUCUACAGCCGGCAUGGCGACCGCACUACCAAGCACUACGGCUCUCAGAUGCUGACCGACCUGGGCGCACAGCAAAACUUCCAGGUCGGCAGCGCCUACCGCAGCCGGUACCUGACCUCCAGCUCCCCGCAGCACAUUGCUGGCAUCUCCCCGGACAAGUACGUCCCGGGCCAGAUCUACGCCAGCGCCCCCGACCAGAGCAUUCUGCUCAACACGGCAACGGCCUUCCUGCAGGGUCUGUACCCGCCUCUGGUCGGGCGCGUCGACGACUCGGUGGCCAGCACGACGCUCAACAACGGCAGCAAGAGCCUGUCCCCGCUCGGCGGCUACCAGUACGUCCUGCUGCACGGCAAGAGCGUCGACUCGCCCGACGCCGUGUGGAUCAAGGGCGACAACGGCUGCCCGACCAACGCCGCGGCCGCCAAGUCCUUCUUCCAGAGCGAGCAGUUUGCCCAGACGGACCGGGCGACCAGGGACUUUUACGGGAGAUUGUACGACGUCCUGGCGGGCGACGUCUACGACCUGAAGCGCGAGGACAUGACGUACCGCAACGCGUACGACAUCUACGACCUGAUCAACGUGGCGCGCAUCCACAACGGCUCGUCGCCGGCCCGCAACGUCUCGGUCCAGGACCUGCAGCAGCUCCGCACGCUGGCCGACUCGGCCGAGUUCGGCUACAACUUCAACGCGUCGCAGCCCGCCCGCAACAUCCACGGCCGCACCCUUGCCGCGGGCCUGCUGCGCCAGCUCAACCAGACCGUGGCCACCAAGGCCGCGCUCAAGUUUUCGCUGCUGGCGGGCAGCUACGACACGUUUCAGUCCUUCUUUGGCGCCGCGGGCCUCACCAGCCUGUCGGACGACUUCUUCGGUCUGCCGGACUACGCCUCCACCAUGGCGUUUGAGCUGUUCAGCAACGACGACGACGACGACGACGCUGCCUUCCCGGCGGAGGAUUCGCUGCGCGUGCGCUUCCUCUUCCGCAACGGCACCGACGGCGCCUUUGAAGCCUUCCCGCUGUUCGGGUCCGGCGAGGAGUCGCUGCCUUGGGCGCGGUUCUCGCGCGAGAUGGAGGGUAGGUCAAUUGUCACGACGGCAGAGUGGUGCGGGGUGUGCGAGAGCAAGAUGGCGUUUUGCGCCGCGUUCAACGGCGACGGUGGGAGUGUUGCCGCCUCGCAGGGCGGCGGCGGCGGCUGGUCGGGCAUGUCCAACGCCGUGGCCGGCGUCGUCGGGGCGUUGGUUGCGCUCGCCGCCGCGGGCUUGGUUGGCGGCGUGGCUUUUAUGGUCUCGAGGAGGCGCAGGUCCAAGACGGUUGUUACCGAGGUGCGCAGUGACAAGCUGAGCGACAAAGGGUCGGUGGUGUGAAGUGACUAUAGUAGCGAAAGAGACGCACCUUGGAUGAGAAAAAGAUAGUAUUGGUUCCUUUUAAAGUUGAAAAUGGUAUUGAAAAGUUGUCGUAAUAACACUAGAUAUUACCACAAGGAUUAUACAAAGGAGAAUGUCAUCAAUGUCCCCAGUCUAGUUUCAUUCUAUUCUAACAGAUUCUGUUUUCUUGUUCUUGUUUUUCGUUUCUUUUCUUUCCUUUAUUCUCUGCCCCCUUUGUCAUACAACACUUUCACACCAUCCUCUCCGCAUUGCUCAACUUGGUGGCACUCGCCCCAGGCGGCGGCGGGGUCGGGCUACCCACGAUGGGCCUCUCCUCACCCUCUCCUCCGUCCCGCUCCUGUAUCGUCUCCCGCCUCGACCAGAACCUGCGCGACGGGUGCUGGCCGAGGCUGUGGAGGCUGCCGAGCGUGGCGGUGCGCUCGAUGCCCGGCGACGAGGGCGAGUGCGUCGGCGGCUGGAUCGUGUGCUCCGCCGCCCGGAUGCUCUGCAGGCGUGCGAGCUGGGCGCUGGUGUCGUGGCGUCGGCUCCCGUAGACGUCCUGGAACAUGUCCGGGCCGUGGUCUAUCACCACGGAUGGCCCGCGGCGGCGCCGGACAGAGGUCGUCGACGAGUUCGCCCCAGACGCCACGGCCGUCGAUGAUUGUUGUUGUUGUUGUUGUUGGGAUUGUUGGUGCUGCUCUCGCAGCUGCUGCUGACGUUCUUGGUCUGACGCGUGGAUGCUCAGGGACGGGAACGGGACGACGGGGCUGGUGGAUGUCCCAUCCUGGCUCGGCUGACUCUGCGGCUGCUCCGGCCUCGGCGUGACGUAAGUGGUGGCCGGCUCAAACGCUGGCGGUGGGACGCUGGUCCAGUAGAAGGGGAGAUCCUUGGUACCACCGGGCUGCUGCUUCCUCGGGCCUUCAAUACCCAGCAGGGCCAUCUGGCGCAUCAACUCGCCGGCGAAGCGGUUGUGGCGCUGCAGACGAAGCAGCUCGUUCUGGAAGCUGGACUUGUGGAAGAAGACGAAGCUUAGCGUGACCGAAUACACCUCGUCGAUGGUGCUGACCUCGGUGAUGAUGCGGGGGCCGUAGUCGCGCUUGUUCUCCAGGACAAAGUCGGUCAUGCGGUCGCGCAGCUCCUCGAUGACCUCGUUUGUCGUACCGAAUCGGACCUUGAGCACGAUCGGGUCUGCGAGGCCGUUGGAUCGUCGCUGGUUCAGGAUGAAGAGGUUGUUGAGCAGAGAGUUGGGCGCCUGCACAACGUGGCCCUGCAUCUUCUUGAACUCGGUGUAUAGCAGCGAGAUCUCCUGAACGUAGUAGUCGUCACCUGUCAUCAUAUCACCGGUGUUGCCAUAUACGCGCACACGGUCUCCAACGUCGAAUGGGUGCUUGACAAAGACGAAGAUGAUGGACUGGAGAAACUCCUGCGCCGUCGCCUGCAGCAUCCACGCCAGACCCAAGAUCGUAGUGCCCGCCGAUCCAAGAGCAGCCGCAGCGGAGCCCGAGAUGAUGGAGACAAAGACAAUGACGGCGAUGACCAGGACGAUGAACAUAAAGACCUUGUCGAGCUUCUUGAUGACCGAGUCUAAAUCCUUGAGAGACGCAGCGAUGGCCUUCUUCUCGAGAUGAAUCUCGUUACAGACCAGCUCCAGCUCCUGCAUCGACACGUCACCGUUGAGGUCCUUGUCAAAGACGCUCAGACACGCCUCGGCGUCUUCGCUGUUAUCAAAGACCUUUUGGAAGUCCUCAAGCGUCAAGGUCUCGUUUCCAGGCGUGACAAAAGUGCGGAAGAUCAGUCUGCCCAGAGUGAAGCUGGUAGGAGUGGAACGCAACAGCUCGGCCACCACCUUCUGCGGGUGGUUCUCGCCCAGGAUCUUGCGACCGGUGAAGUCACCAGCGACCCUGUUGGCGACGUUUCCGACGCGGGUGAAGGCGUCUCGGGCGUUCCUCUGCAGCGCCUGCAUGGGUGUCCUCGCUCCGGCCGUAGGGCUCUGGCCGUUGGGGCUCCACUCUUCCUCCUGCUCGAUCAUGGUUCGCGAGUAUGUGUAAAGCGAGACGAGGUAUUGUAUAUCUCGCUUGUUGGCCUCGAUCCGGUAGGCAUACGUGCGGCGGUGGAACGAGUUGGCGAUCCACUGGAUCAAGAUCUUGACGAUAAAGUUGAGCGCGGCGAGUACGAAUAGCGCAAUGAUGACCUUGAAAACGACGUCGAUCCAGGCGACAUCAGGCUUAUCGUCCAGCCUGCCCAUGUUUAGAGUCGGCCAAUACGAGACGAGUACAGACAGCAUCCAUACAAACAGUGCCGUGUGCAGCUCGAGGCCUCUGCCGACGUCUAACCACUUCUUGUGAUUGUUGGAACCGACCAUCUUGGCACACCACUUGAACAGAUAUGGCAUGAUGGCACAUAUGAACCGCGAAGCCCAAAGUGUGCCCCAGAGAAUCUGGAGCCAGAUGCCAAACCAGUAGAGCUGGACGCCUCCGUUACCUCCUACAAGAGGUUGUUGAUUAUCCAAGGCAAGUUUAUCGACGAGGAUGGGAGCCAUGAGAAUUGCGGCCACGGGCAUCCAGUAGACGAGGUAGCGGAUGACUCGGGGGAACUUUUUGAUCUUGAUCCAAGCCUUGUUGGCCAGCGUCGGUGGCUCCUGGUUCGGAGCCGGACCGGCAUGUUGUUCUUUUUCGUCUACCUGCUCGUUGAAUGCAUCUUCUGGGAUUGGUGAUGGUGCUCGCCGCCGGUGAUCUCUCGAAGUCCUUGAGUGGGACUCUUGCUCAUGGGUAGUGACGAGCCUCUCUGCCCGAAGAAGUUCGAGAUCAUCUGUCAACCGACUCGUGUAUUCCCUUGAUUCAUCCUCGUGAAGUGUAGCCUGGUCAGGAGCCAGGCGGUCCGGGUCCAUCACCUUUUCAUUGAAGGUGUUUUGUCUAUCUGGUGUGGUCAUGUUUGCCAACUGUCGGUGGGAUAACCCAUCCGGUUCAAGUCGUCUGAGUAAUUUGUGAGGAACAAAUCAAAUUCAGACCAAACGCGAUGAGGGUCGCAACAAACGCGUUGUAUCCCAGACGGUCGGAAAUUUUAUGGAGAGCCGAGAAUAUGGAGCAGCUGCCAGGUGAUUUUUCUAGGCGCCCGUCGUGCUGGGCGUAAGCAGAUCCAGGCAGUUUGCUCAGUAAUACCCUUUUAGUCGUCGAAAAUGGCGACGUCGACAAUAAGAGGCCAGAGAGGUUGACAGGAGCUGAUACCCCGUUUCGUUGAGUUAUAGAAUAAAAGGGUGACAAAGAAACCGAAAUUCUAGACCCCUCGAUCAAUCAAAUACUAAAAAGACCAAAAGUCAUCUGGAAACAAAUUGCAAAGUAGUGCAAGCCAAACCUUGCAGGGACUGACGGAUCUUGACAACAAAACGAGUGACAGUUCUGAUCAGCGAUCAGAAGGGAUCAAGCCGGAUAAGUCGGGUAAUAAAAAAAAGAAAGGAUCAGAACAGUCGAGACAAACGCCAACUGGUAACUUUACCAGAACGAGCAAUGUAAAAUGGAGAAAAAAAAGAGGUACGUGUAAACCCUUUAUCAGCUUGGAUGCAGAUCCUUUCCAAGUACUCAGUCUCCAAUACCGUGU